AGAGAAAAUAAAUAAGAUAAGAUCGCGAGAAUGAAUAGAGGGUGGGUGGUUUUUAUGUUCGUGAUGGCUGCAAUAGCACUUUGCAGCCAUCAUACAGUGGUGGCGGAAGAUCUCGCCACCUAUUCGCUGUCACGUGCUAGCCUGCCUAGUUGUAGUAACAGCGAUAAAUCGAAAAUAAAGAAGUGUAUGACAACUACAGCCUCUAUAGAUAAAUGUUGUACAUUAUUUAAGAGGACAAUUGGCACUAAUUGUAAGUGUUAUCGUUAUGCCAAAGAUUUGGAUAAUCAAGCUUUAAUUACUCUUCAGGCUUAUUGUGAUGUCAAUAAUCCAUGUAAGAGUGUCCAAAGAGUGGCAGCAGAGGCGGUCGCCACCAUUGCUGCCACCGCCCGCCUGCGCCCUCGGCCACAGCCAAAAUGCAGUGCUAGUGAUGAAGCAAAGGUUAAAAAAUGCAUGACAAACACAACCUCCAUAGAUGCAUGUUGCCCAACAUUCCAAAGCAUAUUGGGCAAGAGUUGCCCUUGUUAUGCUUAUGCCAUGUUAUUAGACAAUCAAGCUUUGAUUACUCUUCAGGCUUAUUGUGAUGUUAGCAAUCCUUGUAAAAAAGUGCAAGUGAUAUGAUAGAGCUAGCCAGGAUGGAGAUGGAAAAAAUUAAAUAAUAAUGAACGUUUAAUUCCUAAUGAUGAACUACUCCUAUUUGUUUACCUCUGUUGCAACUGAUCUGUUUUAUCUUCGUACUGUUUUAUAUUUAAGACUUUGAGCAAUAACUUAGCAUCCUUUUGCAUUA